UCAAAUGCAGGAUGUUGUUGACCCUGUAACAGAUGAAAUGCUUGCACAGUUUGUAGUUGAUAGCCACUUCAGGUCACAACCUAAGGGUGCUAAUAUGGAUGACAAAGCCUUCAGUGAAUCCCAAGAAGAGACUCGAGCCUCUGCUGGACUAGCUGCUGAUUCAAAGAUUCUUUCUCAAGACUUACUGAGGAAAUACCUAACCUAUGCCAAGUUGAACAUAUUCCCAAGAUUCCAUGAAAAGGAUAUGGCCAAGCUUACUAAAGUUUAUGCUGAUCUGCGAAAAGAAUCAUCUCGUGGACAAGGCGUCCCCAUAGCAGUGAGGCAUAUCGAAUCGAUGAUCAGAAUGUCUGAAGCACAUGCCAGAAUGCACCUUAGGCAGCAUGUCACAGAAGAAGAUGUGGACAUGGCUAUACGGGUUCUUCUUGAGUCAUUCAUUUCAACCCAGAAGUUUGGUGUACAAAAGGCCCUACGAAAGAGCUUCAGGCAAUACAUAACCUUCAAGAAGGACUACCAUGGAUUGCUCCUUGCACUACUAAGGGAGCUCGUGAACAAUGCAUUGCGCUUUGAAGAGAUACUUUCUGGAUCAGCUCGAAGGCUCAGCUAUGUCGAUGUGAAAGUAGCGGAUUUGCAAGCCAAGGCUGAAGAGUAUGAAAUCAGCAAUUUGGAGGCCUUCUUUUCGAGCACUGAAUUUAAAGCCUUUUACGAGUUGGACGAACAAAGACAAGUUAUCAGACAUCACCUUGCGGACAAUGACAAACCACAGGUGUAAGGUAAUGAAGUUCCUAAGCAACUAUCACCCUCAUCCGGCCAUAUAGCUUGUGUUCUGAUUUUGCAAUUGUUAUGUAUUAAAUGGUUACUUCUAACUUGGAUUUACUGUUAGCAUGGACUUAACAGUUUCAAUUGAUUAAUGCUGUUGGUUUUUCUGCUCAA